CCAUGUGAUACCACGUUUUCCAGGUACACAGAAUCUGUGGCCAAAGGCGGUAGCUUUAUCAUCAUCUCCUUCAUAAGUUCACAAAUAUUCCAUUCAUCCACCCAAAGGAAUAACGCCCUCCCAACCCUUAUCAACUUUUCCGAUCCGAUCUUCUCCAGUAUAAGUUCCAAAUGAGUCGUCCACAAGAUGCAAAGCGACCAUUCUUCCCUUUUGGAAAUCCUUUUAGGAUGAUAUCGCCUAAAGGUGAUAAAAUUACUCCACAGCUGUUGUCAGUAUUACAUGAUUUUGAAGCAGCUUUGGAAGAGAGGCUGAAAAAGCUUAUUCCCAAGAGCAAGGAUGAGAUCCUCAGCUUGUCUUGGAUGACUUUGGCUAUGCAGGUGCUUUGUGAGAGUCAUAAUCACAUUAAAACCCUCAUCACAGAGCUUGAGCUGCCUGUGAAUGAUUGGGAUGAGAAAUGGAUAGAUGUCUACUUGGACAUUAGUGUGAAGUUGCUAGAUGUAUGCGUUGCAUUUAGCUCUGAAUUAUCACGUCUGAACCAGGGUCAUCUUUUACUUCAGUGUGCCUUGCACAAUCUAGGAUCUUCCUCUUCAGAGCAGUAUAUUCGGGCAUGUUCUUCACUUGAUGGAUGGAAACAGCAUAUUGGUUCUGGAAACCCCAGGAUUGAGAAAUGUGGCAGCAUUUUGGAUGAUCUUCUGGGGUCACUUGAUCUUCCAAAGGUUAAAAAGUCAGCUAAAGGUAAGGUUUUGAUGCAAGCUAUGUAUGGAGUAAAGGUGCAGACAGUAUUUGUAUGCAGUGUGUUUGCUGUGGCUUUUUCAGGCUCUACAAAGAAGUUGUCAGUUUUGGAUGUGGCUGAUGUAUAUUCUUGGGCUUCAACCUUUAAAGGGUUGCAAAAUCUUGUAAAUGAGGAAAUUAGAGUUAGAUUUUCAAGUGGGGGAUUUACUGUAUUGAAUGAGUUAGAAGCAGUUAAUUCCUCUGUGAAGGAAUUAAAUCCUAUUAUCCAGGGUGUAGUAGAUACUGUUGAGACAGAAUCACUUGUGAGAAUUGUCAGGGAAUUAGGAAGAGCAGCAGAGAAGCUUUCACAAGGACUAGAUCUUCUUACAAAGGAAGUCGAUAGCUUUUUCCAAGUGGUCUUGACUGGUCGUGAUGCCUUGCUAUCUAAUCUGAGGCCAGGAGCAACUGUCAUUGACAGCAUUGUAGGGAGUAACAGAGAUGCACAAAUAGUCAAUUGAAUGUGUUGCAACCAAACAACUCUGGUACAUACUGAAGAAUCUCAGUAUUGGGUUUUAUGUUUUAUUGUUGAUGGUUUUCAAUCAUGUUGGGUUUAUUGUAUUCAAACUGGAAUGAGUAAUAGGUUAUAUGAUAGCAUUAGUGUUCUGAAAUGUAUAUCUGUGAUGUUCUGUAUAAUGUUACAUGAUGAAUAUAAAUAUAUAAAAGCUUUUCUUGUGCUUGCAGA